AUGACGACGGCGACCGCUAUAACCCAUUUACCUAUCGCAACACAAAUCCAUCACACUCCACGCUCCAGCCCAGACACAGCAACAGACAAAACCUACCACCUAUCAGGCGGCGCAAUAACUGGAAUAGUAGUCGUGUCUUUCGCGGCCAUCGCUAUCGUUUUGCUCAUCAUCUUCCGCAAGAGAAUCGUGGGUUGCUGUGGCCGUGAUAAGACCCCGGUUGUCGAUAUCGAGCACGCCUCGUCGCCGCCCACUUAUAUGCCCCCGCAAAUGCAGCCUGUACUACAGAAUGAUGAUUUAGCGUGGCAGGCUUCGGAGAUGCCGUCAGAGCAAAAUGCUAUACAUGAGAUUGGGCCCAUGGACGCCAAGUCAAAGGGGAAUGGACGGGUUGUCUAUGAGCUUAGUUGA